GGUCGCAUCCAUCCAUCACACAGUAGUUUUUGCACGGCACGGGCACUAGCCUUUUUUCGGAUCGGAUUCUGCUGAAGAACAAACUUCCAGUGGCAGUCAGUGGAAAAAUAGCAAGUGUUUUCGGAUUCGGAUUCGUGCGUGCUUCCGCGGCGGAAAAACGGAAAACCAGCAAUAGCAGUGAGUGAGAGUGAUCAGAAGUAAUGUAGCAAAAGUCUGUGCGGUGAGGAUUUUCCUCUGGGGCUGCUGUUCUGCUAUUUUGCACCCUCUGGGGCGCUGAAAAAAGAAGAAGAAGAAAAAGGCACACUCACGUACAAGUAGUGGCAGGAGGAGUGCGGAUUGGAACAGUGUUCGAAGGGAAAAACGCGAUUACCUAGGUGGAAGAAUUUUCCCUUUUUUUGCAUUCCAGCAAGGAGGAAAAAAAACGGGCUCUGUUCCGGGAUGGUGCGAUAGUGGUUUAAAUGGUGUGUAUCGAAAAUGGAGUAGUAGCAGCAAAUAAUCGACGACCAGCGGAGAGUGUUCUUCUGACGACUGUGAAAGCUAAAAAAGGUUACUCCGAGUAACCUGUAUUAGCGAGAAGGAAAAAAAAUCACGAAGAAAACGACGACGACGAUAAAAAAGCGAAUCACUUUGGUUUGGUGGAGGAAAAAGAAGCAAACGAAGAAGCUCCGAAAGCAACAGAGCGAGUAAAGAGUGUAGUGUACAGUAGUUUGAUGUGGUGUGGCGAAGAAAUAAAGGGAAGAAGCACACCUUGGUCGAUAGGUUUUAGCGAAUAUAUUUUUCUUCAAUCAGGAAGGGCAACCUUGUGCCCCUAUCGCGCGGGUCGAGAUCGGGGGUGUGGGUGGGAAAAAGUGAAAAUUUUCGAUAGCAAUUUGUGCACGGAAGGCAGGAGUCAACCCUAGAUUUUCGGACGGAAGCGGAAAACGGGGACGCAGCCAGCCGUUCCUGUGGUCACAGAAAGGCACGGACGAUGCCGAAAUGUGAUGUCAAAACCAGAUACAUCCCAGCGACCUUCGCCUGGACGCUCCUGUUGGGCACAACGUUCCUGUUUUUCUACUAUCCAUGUCGCCAGUUCUACAUACAGCGACACCCAUGGGUGCCGGCGUACCAGGCCGUCAUCACGUUUUUCGUCAUCGCCAACUUUACGAUGGCCACCUUCAUGGAUCCCGGCGUCAUACCGAAAGCCCCACCUGACGAAGAUCGCGAGGACGAGUUCCGAGCCCCGCUGUACAAGAAUGCCGAGAUCAACGGCAUCACGGUGCGGAUGAAAUGGUGCGUGACGUGUAAGUUCUACCGACCGCCACGGUGUUCGCACUGUUCCGUCUGCAAUCACUGCAUCGAGACCUUCGAUCACCACUGCCCGUGGGUGAACAACUGCAUCGGCCGGCGGAACUACCGGUUCUUCUUCUUCUUCUUGAUCUCGCUGUCGAUCCACAUGCUGAGCAUCUUUUCGCUCUCGCUGAUCUACGUCCUCCAGAAGGAGAAGGACAAACUGACGGAGGUGGAACCCAUCGUGGCCAUGGUCCUGAUGGCGAUCGUCACCCUGCUGGCGAUUCCGAUCUUCGGCCUCACCGGAUUCCACAUGGUGCUGGUGUCGCGAGGGCGAACCACCAACGAGCAGGUGACGGGCAAGUUCAAGGGUGGCUACAAUCCGUUUUCGCGCGGCUGUUGGAACAACUGCUGCUACACCCAGUGCGGUCCACAGUAUCCGAGCUUACUGAAACCGCAGAAAUACGUCGCCCGUCGAUCGAACAAGGAAAACCAAUCGAUCAGCACGAUCACGAACGACGGCGGCCCUGGUGGUGGUGGGGGAGGCGGAUCCGCUGGUGGAAACUCCAGCCGCCACCUAAACUCCCAGCAGCAGGCCGUAAAUGCGGCCGGAGCCGGAGGGGCCGGCGGCCAGGGCAUCUAUGAUAACAGCCGCCACACGCAGGUAAAAACCUAUAUGGAUCAUGGCAAUGGUCACGGUAUUCGUACGGUCGGAUCCAGCCACUACAGUAAGCUAUCACCGGGACGUGAGUGUUCCGACAUCGACAUGGAACCGCAGGCAUCGCAGAGUCGGGACUGUGAACCGACACCCCCGUUGCAGCGGCAUGGUUCCAAAAGCAACUUUUUCCUACCACCAAUUGAUGGUAACGGAGGAUUGAACCUGAACGGAGGCGGCCAGAUCGUUCAGGGAGGCAACGGUGGCGGUGAUUCGCCACGGCACAUACGCAUGUACCACCCGCGGCACAGUCCCCACCCUCGUCAACGUGGGUUGGAUCCGUCCCGAAGUUUCACGCCGGAAGGCCUGUCGCCGGAUCAACCGCCACCGAUGAUCACGAUCCAGCAGCAGCAACAACAACUACAGCAGCAGCAGCAACAGCAGAACCAGCAAGGUUUGCCGCGUGGAGCCUCUGCGACACCCACAAUGCAGCAAAGAAUUAAAGCACUCGGUGUAGCGACACCAUUAGCAAUGUCUAGUCCCGUUAGAAGGUCCAAUCCAGGCACGCCAACCCAACCCCGGCGACCGGAUUUCAUCGGAGUGAACAUGGUUGGCCAACAGCAGCAGCAGCAACAACAACAACAACAACAACUUCAGCAGCAGCAGCCCGGUGCGACUUACUACGAUUUCCCACUGCAGCAACAAGCGCAGCUCCAUCAAACGGGUCUUCCCCCGGUGCAUCCCUACCACCAGCAACAGCAGCAACAACAGCAAUCCCAGUACCCAAUGGUCCACCACAAUGGUGGUCUACCUCAGCAGCAGCAGCAAUCGCAGCAGCGAACCCCGAACGUCGUCUACCACCACGGAAGUCCCCAGCGGCGGUAUCUCUCGGAAGGUGAGUUGGCUCGCCAAGGCGCCGAGCUUUCCUACGCCAGGAGCAACCAGACCGUGGACAACAUCCGAGAGCUAGCCGGUAGUCCCCAGCGGGGGGUCUACAUGUGGAAGGACAUGUCGCCGGGUUUUAGCAAUGACGGUAGCAAUCAAACGCAGCAGCUUCUAGGCAAUCCGCAGCAACAGCCACAACAAUCGCCGGGCGUAUUUGUGAGCAUGGCCACAUCGGUGUACCAGAACACGCCCAGUCCAACGGCAGCUCAGCAGCAGUCGCAGCAACCGCAAUAUGGAGGUGUCAGUGCCGCCAGGUAUCAGCUCCAACAGCAACAACAGCAAGCCACCAUGAAUAGCUACCAUCCGGCGUUACGGGGUGGUGUUCCAGUGUUCCCUCCGCAACCUCUUCCGCCGACGGCGGUCAGCAUCGGCAACGGUAACAAUCAGCAACAAUCCGCACAAGUUGGCGUCAGCAAUUCUGUGGUCGGCAACAGCAUUGGCCCGCAGGCGCCUUCGCCGCAGAUCAAGCGGAAAGCCACGCCCACCCGGCCGAUGUCGUUCGUGAGGGCUCUGGAGAUGACCGAUUCGAUGGAGCUGAAUCCAACGGACAACGGGAGUAACAAUGGUGCCGGCGGCGGCGGCAGCAGUAGUGGUGGACAAUCGUCAGGUGGACGGGCGACGACACCGACGCCUCCGGAUCGGGGCAGCGUGUACGAUAUGAACUAUGAGAUUUCCGUUUAGCAACAACAACAACAAGAGCAGUUCGGGAGUGGAAACGGUAAUUAAGAUUUUUUUAUAGUUGGAAAAAUGAAAGUCGUGGCGGGUGAUCUCCUCGCGUGGGGGGCAUUUCGGAAAUUUGUUGGUAGCUUACUCAUUUUGUUGAUUGUUUUAAAUGAGUUUUCGUUUCUGUUGUCUUCCGAAAGCGAACGGUAAGCAGUAGAUGUGUGGUAGCAGGAACGGUACGCGGGUGGAUUUGAUUUAGUUUCCUUCGUUUGGUAUCCUUCGACAAACUAAUCGUGUCAGGAUGUUGAUUACCUGAAGAAACCUGGAAAAGUCAGGAC